UCGAAUAUCAAUCAGUUGUUUUGGAGAAAAAAAUUCUGAAAAUUUAAUCAACACUUUGAACGAUUUUUUUUGUUUAAUUGUAAUUAAAUUGUAAUUUGUUUUGACAAUUAUGGUUAAACGAAAAUAUUUAGAUGAUGAUGGUGAUUUAACAAUCAAAAGAAUGUGUACAAAUCAGAAUUUAAUUCCCUUAAAAUCAGUCUCUACCUUAAGUUUAAUUCUUCGUGAAGGAGCAAAGAAACUAUGGUCACCAUCAUCAGUCAAUUGUUCGGAUUCUUUGGAGAACAAUAAAGAUGUUAAAUGUCGUAUUUGUAAAAAGAAAUUAAUUCUUAAACCUGAUUCUACAAUUAGAUGUAAUUUCUGUGAACACUCAAUAUGUGAUUCGUGUUUAAUUAAUUGUGGUCAAUGUAAAAAUCAGUUCUGCUCUUUUUGUGCUGUUAACGUUUAUUCACCGGUCGGAGAUUUGGGUCGAUGUCUUUCUUGCUUUUAAAGUUUUGAUUAACAAAUCAAAUUUAAUUUCGUAUCUCAUCAAACAGAUUCUCAUCAUCAUCUUAAUCAACUUAAACAAUCCUUCCAAGCUCCCAAUUGUUAGAAUUGUUGUGGAUUCUACUUCAAAAUAAGCAGAAAAAACAAACUUCAAUCAUCUAUUUCUCAUCGUAAUCAAUUGUCUAUUAUAUUUACAUGAAUGGAAAAUCAAUUAUCACAAAAGCCUGUUACUAAAAUGAUUCACUAAUCAAAUCAAUCACUUCACAAUCAAGUUAAUUUGUUGAAAUCAAGAUGACAACAUCAACACACAUUUAAAAACAAUUUUCUCUCAUCAAAGACUUUCCUUUGUUCCUCAACCCAAUUGAUUAUCUAGGAAAACCAAUACAAAACAAAUCCUCAUCCAUCCAACUAAAAAAAAUAGCCAACCAAUUAAAUUGUCAACUAGAUUACAAAUUGUAAAUCGAAACAAUUAAAAAAAUUAGAACGAAAAAA